GAUUGCAAGAAUAACGAACUGUGACUGACAAGUAAAGAGAGCGCUUGUGCUCACCAAGGGCACUAUUCCUUUCACUUGUGUAUAUAUACCCGUGUAUUGUUCGACAGACACAACCGAAGUGUCACCUCAGUGCGAAGAUGAAGUGUGUAAUCCUUGCCGUCGUGCUUGCCGUGGCUGUGGCUGCCCCAGCCCCCGAGACGCCCUCCUACGGCUACACUCCUCCCCCUGAGCCAGUCAAGAUCCUUAAGGACGAUCGCACUCAAGGCUACGACGGCAGGUACACCGUAGCAGUGGAGGCCGAAAACGGCAUCGUGCUGUCUGAGUCUGGAAGCCCCGAUGGACCCGAGGGAGCCAUCGUGGCAUCCGGCCAGUUCUCCUACACCGCCCCUGACGGCACCCCUGUUGUCGUCAAGUUCGUCGCCGAUGAGAACGGCUUCCAGCCCGAGUCUGACCUUCUGCCUGUGGCCCCAGAGUUCCCCCACCCCAUCCCCCAGUUCGUGCUGGACCAGAUCGCCAAGGCUGCCCAGGAGGACGCCGCCCAGACUCAGUACGGAACCACAACUCCAGCUUACGGCCGCUAAAAGAUCCCGCCAUGAAUCACAUUCCGCACCGCACGACAGCCCCGUAAUUUAAUUUAUUCAGCAUAGUAAAUUAUUUGAUAAUAAAUCCUUCAUCUGCAA